AAAAACACAAAAAAAUCAAAUCAAGAAACAAAAUAAAACAAAACAAUACCACCCAGAAAAAGACUAUAUUAUACACCAAUCUAUCACAAAUGAAAUAGUCUUAAAAGAAAGAGAAAAGAAAACUCCUCCACCAAAGUCGACCACGGAAUCGAACACAUGGCACCGGCUUCGGCCACACCCGCAUUGGGCAACGUGGGCGGACGUGUUCUCUUGCUCUCUCUUCGUGUUACCUGCCAUCAAAAUGUCUUCCACCAUGAACGGUGUCGAAAGCGACGACGAAACCCCACAGGUGUCGAUCACAAGUGAGAGUGAUGAUGACCUACCGCAGCUUUCGGCAGGGACGAUGGCAGCCCUAAUGGAGUUCUUCAAGGAGGAGGAGGAGAGGAAGGAUAAGCUGCGGCAGAUUGAGGAGGGAGAGAUCCCGGACACCUUUGAGGAGGACUGGAACAUGAGUCAGUUUUGGUAUGCAGAAGAAACCUCAAAUUCCCUAGCCCAAGAAUGCCUGAGACUGGCAGGGAACAACGGGACCAUUGCUUGCGUGUCUUCGCCAACCCUUUACAGAACCCUAAGGGGAAUGGACCAUGAGUGCAAGUUGCGAGUACUGGAAUAUGACACAAGAUUUGCCGUCUAUAAGGAAGACUUUGUCCUCUAUGACUUCAAGAAUCCCCUUGCUGUGCCAAGAGAUUUGAGGCAGGAGUUUGAUGUAGUGGUGGCAGACCCCCCAUACCUGGAUGAAGAUUGCCUUGCCAAGACGGCUAUCACCAUCAAGUACCUGAUGAAGACGGACGCGAAAUUGAUCUUGUGUACGGGCACAGUGUUAGAAGAACUUGCGGACCGUUUGCUAGGGGUUAAAAAGUGCAAGUUUGAGAUUAAGCAUGAUAAACAGCUGAGCAACCCCUUUUCUUGCUAUGCUAAUUAUGACUUGGAUAGUUUUUGUGAAAGUUGAUAAUGGGUUUAAUAUAUUAUAUCUCUUAUUUAACAAAUUAUCCAUUGAAGAAUUAAGCUUGCAGGAAGCGGAGAUCAUCUGUGCUAAAAAGUCUUGUUUCGGCAAGCAGUGGCGUUGUGGUGUGUCCCGUGCUUGUGUCAGACAAUAAAAGUGAUAAAAAAUAUAGAUAAUUGUUGUGAUAUGCAUUUUUUUUUUCAAAUAUGAUAGAUACCAAACUAAUAUAAAAAAGUGGUUUCACUUUGCUAUGUAACAGUUCCAUUGAUAUGUAGUAUGUGUCAUUUUAAGGAUGCCUUACGUAUUAUAGGAUCUCAAAGCCUCUAUGACAAUAAGUGUCUAUAAUUAACUGCAAUUACUUUUCCACAUUUUAGGCCUUUUUAUAUUUUGUAUAUAAUUUUUCAUUCUGAUCAUGAGUUUGGAAAUGAGAAUGCAAGUAAUGAUGAGGAUCUGUAUAGAAUGAAGGUAGACUUACCUGAUGUUAGAUGAACAGUGAUUGUACAAGAUGUUACAAGUAGGAAGAUGUUGCCUUUUAUUAUCAUGUUAUGAUAUCAGUAUGGAUAUAUAAGAUUAUAUGACCUUUGUACACUUGUUACUGAGUAAAUUCAGUAAUUUCCUUGGUUCUAAUCUCAUUAUUUGUUGAAAAAAGGAAGAAAUUUUAUCAAUGUUCACACAGUUAUGAACGUUUACCUUAUGAGAUGUGUUAGCUGUUAUGUAAACUGUGUAACAGGCAGCCAAGCUGUAUUUUUGUGAAUUAUUAUUAUUUUAAUUAUAUUUGUUAUCAUUAUCACUAUUUCUCUUCUGUCCUGUUGAUUACACUUGAGAUGCAUAACAGAUUCCCACUUUCUGUACUAAUUCAGAUGAACAGACAGAAUACUCAAUAUGCUCAUGUGAACAUUCUAGUCAGGUGCCUCAAAUAUAAUGUUAUCCUCUUCACUUAUCCUUGUUAAUGUUUUCAUGUUCCAUGGAUUUCUCAGCAGUGUGAACAACAUAGAGAUGAUGUUUGGUUAGUCUGGAGCAUAUGUAAUCACUGACCAUUUUCAUAUCACUGCUGAGGGGAGUGAGGUUUGGUGUGGGACAAAGAAAGUGGUUAGUAUUUUCCUUUUCUCUCCUCCUUCCUUUCUGAAAUGAUUUCUUUUUUUCUGACUUUUUCCCUUCAUUCUUGCUCUAAUGCUGUCAGUUUUGUAGUGGCUGAAAAUGCUAUUAAUACUUCAAGGGAUUGAUCAAAAGUGCCAUUUUUUUCUGUGGGAGGAAUGCCUUACACUGUAAGACUAUAUAUGUAUAUAUAUGAAUGUAUGUAUAUGUGUAUAUAACUGAUCAUUGUGACAGCUGGCAAAAUUUGGAAUUUUGCAGGAAUCUUUUUUUUUUUUUUUUUACUUUUGAGGUUUAUUUUUCACAGAAAUUGUACAGAGCUUAGUAGAAUUAUUCUUUCUAAAUUAUUAAUGUUCAUUUACAAAGACUUUGCAUUUUGACUUUGGGUAAUAGUGUUCAUAUAUUUACAUUAAUGUCAUAACUGAAAGUGGUACCUCCCCCCUUGCAUUUCCUUCCACUGAAUAGGGGUAGGAUAUCGGCCAAAAGCCAAUAAUAGUGACUCCCCAAUAAUUUAACACCUUGACAAAGGUUCUUUGUUGAACAUAUUGUACCACCUUUGUUCGGGUCAUACUGGCUUUUACUGAAUUUGAAUGGCAGUUGGUUAAUGAUUAAAACAAAUCAGUGUGCAAGACAUCAAUGGUUAUAUACCACUAUGGUAAAGUAUCGUGUCAAAAAGGGGUAAAAAUAAGUUUAAAGUAAAUACUAUUUAGGGUUGAAUCAUGAGUGUACUAACAUGUGGUAAAGCAUACUUAUGAUUGGGGUAAUCUGAUAAAUUGAGUCGACUUGUCUUCUUCUUCUUCUUUUUUUUUUUCUUUUUUUUUCUAUUAAAAUCAUGUAUUGAAUUUCCGACGGAGACUAGUUGUUCUAAUGGCAUUAUCUUGUGUUCCAACGAUUAAUAUCUCGGACAAGUGAAUACCUCAUUAUACUGAAGAGAAUCCUCCAUGCACAACCCCAUUCUGUCAAGCAACAUGUUAGUAGUCACUCAUUCCAUUCUCACUUUUUUGUGGAACCAAACAUGCAGAUAUUGUAUGGAUAUGCAAUUCAGGAAAUAUCAUUUGUUGUACAUGUUCUCCUCAAAUUGAUGUAACCUUUGGUAGAUGUCAUGAAAAGUGAGAUUUGUAUAAAGAUUCCAGUUUCCCCAUUUCUCUCUCAUGCUAUAUUGGUAUCUCCCGAACCAUUUGAAUCCCGGUGAGGUCUAUAAACUCUGGUCCUGUUAAGGAUCUAAAUUAUAUGUAGCAUGUUUCCAAUAGCAUUUGUGUUAUUCAGAUAUUCAAUUUAAUCAAGUAUAUACAAAUAAUCCAAGCCAUAAUAUUAGUCCCCAUAGUUUUUGAAAUUGUUUAUUCAUGUUAUUACUUUUAUCUGGCUCCUUGAAAUAAAAGUUUUCUUCCAAAUUUUUUUGGGAAGUUGAGUUUGAGAAGCAUUAUGCUGCACUGUGUAUGCUCAAAACCACUUGUCUGGUGAUUCUUUUCCCCUCACAGUGAAAAUGGGUUUGGCAUGUAGGCCUAAUGUAGCUAUCCACUGCUGGUAUAUGGAUAGGAGAAACACUGUUGUAAAUUGUCCGUUCAGUGUUAUACCUUGCAUGUGAUUUUUUUCUGUGCAAGUUGUGAAUGCAUUUAGUAUAGAAUUUAUUAUUCUAAAGGAUUUUUGUGGGAGAUUUCAGGAGAAUGGGAUUUUAUUCCGCAUCAUGUAAAUGAGAAUGAAUAAUAAUCAACAAGGAAAUUUAACAAAAAAAGCAACAAAACAGAGCAUGUAUGACUUUUUCUUAAAAUCAAAACUUUUGCUUAGGCUCCGGAGAACAUAAGUAGUCCUUAUUAAAGUGAUAACAAUAGUAGUAAUAAUAAGGCAUCAU